UAUAUCUCUUACAUGCACUUGUUCGAUAAAUAAAUCACUGUAGCAAGAUUGAGACACUGACAUGAAUUUAUAUGGUUAGACAGACUCUAGUUUAAACUUUGCUAAGAUAUUUAAUUUUAAGAUUUGAAUUUGGUUACUGAAGUGGCCUUUAAUUUGUUGGACAUAUUUAUUAUUUCUUAGUUGGUCUAAAUACCCUAGGAGGCUAGGACCCCUACCUGUUGCGGUUUGUCGUUUCGGUUAAACCCCGAACACGACCUAUAUAUUUAUUCGUGCUGGGGAAACUAGGAUUUUCGGUAACCAACCCGGCCCUUUCAACUGAUAAAUAGGUUGGAUGAUUCUUAGAUACAUUUCCAAAUUGGAGGUUUCCAAAUCCUUAGGGUUUUGGUUUUACUCCGUAAAUCACCGUUAAAAAAAUAAAUAAAUAAAAUUCGUGUAUAGACACAUUUAAAAUUGUAUAACCUAUUAUGCUAUUCAUCUAAAAGAGUCAAACCGGUUGCAAAAUGGUUGACAAGUUGACCUUAGGCUGCAAGGUGUGGGGAGCAUCCUUGGACCGUCCCCCACCGGCACCGGAGCUGUUCCCACUUCGCCACCCCCCCGAGCAGCGUCCAAAUCGUCGGGUAUGGGACGUUCAAGCCGUCCCACUAGAGGACAAACACAUAUAUACAUACAACAUAUACAUAUAUUCUAGGUCCAUCCCCAUUUCCAUACCUCCAUCCUCUUUGCCCCAUCCUCACUCCCGAUCUACGUGGCAGACCAUCAUCUAAGGGAGGGGACCAUCACCAUACCGCAUAGCCUUAUAAAAUAUAUAUUUUUAUGGAAAAAAGUAUUCUAAAUUUAAGAGGAACAAACUUGUGGGAUUGGUUGCUCCACCCCAUUAUGAAUAUAUAUGCCAGCACAUUUAAAUGCAAGUUCUAUUAAUUGGCAUUAAAGAAGAAUCAGACAUGAUUUGAAUUUAGUUUGAAGAAAUAACAUGAGAAUGGAGUAUGUAGGUAAAGAUGAACAUACACAUGUUCAUGGACAACACAAACGUUCUAAGAGUGCUUCUGGGUCUACUCAUGGCUUGAGAGCUGAAGGAGCUUCACAUCCUAGAGAGGAGUGGAAUAAAUCAACCGGUUUGCAUUUUGAAGCGCGGAGUACCAGCCCGUAUUCUCCUCUUCAUGAAACUUCCAGUAAUAAGGACACAGAUGUCGUGUCAAAACAAAGGGAUUCACUGGAAAAUGAUAUUGAGCAACUACAAAUGCGAUUGCAGCAAGAGAAAUCAGUGCGGAUGUUGCUCGAGAGAGCUUUGGGCCGAACAUCUAGCACUUUAUCACCUGGCCAUAGGCAUUCCGCUAAUCAGGUGACCAUUGUACAUACGAAGGAGUUAAUUGCUGAGAUUCAGUUACUUGAGGAAGAAGUUAUGAACCGUGAGCAGCAUGUUCUUUCUCUAUACAGAACCGUAUUUGAACAAUGUGCUAGUCGCCCAUCAUCUGGACAAGGUUCACUCCUAACUUCUCCUGCACAUGCAAUUUCAAAAAAGGAAUCAAAAAAGCAUCCCACUAUUAUUUCAAGCACCUUUUGUUCUUCAAAGAGUUUCCCUUUUUGGAAAUUCCAUGCUCUUUCUUCCAUAAAUGCCCCUGGGAAGGGGAACUUAUUGCAGUCUAAAACAAGGAAUGCUUCACUACCCGGUAGCAAAGCCAAGAAUUAUUUUGAAUCUACAUAUUCAAAUGAUAUUAAGCAGAUAAAGGGAAAUCCAUCAGCAACACUAACUUUAAAAGAUCAUCUUUACGAGUGUCCCAGCAGAUUAUCAGAAGAGAUGGUAAAGUGUAUGGCUGCUGCAUACUGCUGGCUCAAUAGUUCAUCAUCCACAGGUUUAGAACAUAAGAAGUCAUCUUCGCUGUCCAGAUUUUCCACCAAUAGAGACAAUUGCAAAUCAAUGGUCGAAAUCUCAUGGAUAUCAACUGAUAAGAACAACUUUUCUCGUGCAUCUUAUGCUAUAAACAGUUAUAGACAUUUAGUGGAGCAACUAGAGAAGUUGAACUUGAGCAAUAUGGACACAAAUGCUCAAACUGCAUUCUGGAUCAAUAUGUAUAAUUCCAUGAUUAUGCAUGCGUAUCUGGCAUACGGGAUACCCCACAGCUCUCUGAGAAGGUCAGCCUUAUUUCACAAGGCUGGUUACAAAAUUGGUGGGCAAAUGAUAAGCGCAAAUGCUAUUGAGCAGGCCAUAUUUAAGUUCCACACCCCGAGGGUUGGAAAGUGGCUGGAGACCAUCCUUUCAACUGCAUUGUGGAAGAAAUCGGGAGAAGAAAGACAACGGAUCAGUACAAAGUUCGGCCUCGAGUAUCACCAGCCGCUUUUGUGUUUUGCCCUUUGCACUGGCACUUCAUCUGAUCCUGUGCUGAAAGUAUACACGCCAUCAAACAUCAAAGAGGAGCUAGAAGUAGCAACGAGGGAGUUUCUUGAAUCAAACAUAAUCGUGAAGAAAUCAAAGAAAGUUUUCAUCCCGAAAUUACUUGAAAGAUUCGGGAAAGAAGUCAACAUCUCUCCAGACAAUCUUCUGACAUGGAUAACCGAACACGUUGACAAGAAGCUUUGUGAUUCCAUAGAGAAAUGCAUCGAACAUAAAACCAGUAAGAAAACAUCGCAGAUCAUCGAAUGGUUGCCUUAUAAUUCAAGAUUUCGGUACGUCUUCUCCAAAGAGUUGACUGAAAAGCCAUGGUGGCUCUGAAUGUAUAUGUUCAUCUUGUUGGAGGAGUGAACCAAUGUGCAUACAUGACAGUUGUAUUUGUGUUCUUCUUGUUGGGAGGAGUGAACCAAUGUGCAUACAUGACUACUGUAUUUGUGGUGUUCUUUUUAGGUUGUUUUUACUUAUGCAUUUGACUAACCAGAGGAAAUCAACAAUAUCUUGGAUUGUUUUAUA